CAAUUUAUUUCAGACCAAUGGAAAUUUAUGUUGUGAAUCAAUAUGAAACGGAUCGAUGAGUCUUCUAACACAGUGGAUCUAUCAUUUUUGGAGCCAAAUGAUUGCCAUCAUAUCCUGAAGAUUACACAUACGACUCUUGACUUCUACAAAUCCAGUACCAUCGUGCAACCAACACUGCAAUAUGAUGGCCGAAGAACGCAGAGCUGAUAUACAUGACAAGGGAAAUUGUUCGGAGGCAGCGAGUAAUAACUUAGUAGAUAUCGAAGAUACCGAUUCGAACGAUAGAUUGGAUAUCCUCGAAAACGAAUUUCAUAGAAUCCGUUCGAACAAACGAACUCCGUCCACAAAGGGUGUUACAAAAAGCCGCGCGACAAAAGGUAACUACACUUUAUCUUUUAUAUUUCCGUUUAAUGCUACUAUGUCAAAGAAAAUCACCUUGCCAAUUCUAUGGAGCGUGAUACGUUUACCCAACUGGUGAUGAAAUUCACCUGCUGUUAUUUGAGUUUAUGGCUCAACGGCAGACUAAAUUCCACUUCACUGCAGUCUUUAUUCGUUCAUAAAUAAGAUACAAAAUGUUGUGAUGUUACCGCUGUAAAAGUAAUAUCAAUGUUUGGUUAUUUUAAAGCAUCGGAAGAUGGCAUUUUAAGACACCAUUAUCACCAAAGGUUUUUUUUUUUUUUUUUUUUUUUUAAUAUAUUCCAUAAGGUUUGUUUUAACCCGGUUACAAAUGGAAGUUGCUCUGUCAAUAUUGUUUAAACUUUAUUUGGUAUUCGCGCUAAAAUAGCAGCUUUUCAAAUAACGCAGGCCAUUAGCAUGCGUGUUUUAGAACGUGGUCUCUUGACAUUAGAUCAGUUGUAUAUCACUUUUUUAUUCCAUUUGCAAGGUUCAAUGAAACAAAGAAAAACUGCAAAAGUUCUUUAUAAUAUCCGUGCGUUACCAAAAAUAAAAACGAAUUGUCAAAACUGAAAGAAACCUACCAUUUCGAUCCUGCGUCUGGUCAUCAAUACUAAUAACAACAAUAAUGCAACUUGGAGAUUUAAACUUUCUAUGCUUGAUCUUGAAGAGCCGCUGAAUAUAGACGCCCAGAUGAGUAUUAUUUUACAAGACCAUUAGUAAGGUUGUUGCUUAUUUGAGCUUUUUAAUAAGCAAAUUUUAUCUUGGUAACAAUCAAGAAUUCAACAAUGCUUACCGCAAAGUCAAUACUGUAACACUCGUGUUACAUUUGCUAAGUUAUUUUUCUAAAAUUUAUUUAACCACACCGCCUCGUGUUGUUUUUCUUACCUUAUGUAUUUCCAGUUUAUUAUUUUAUUAUUAUUAUUUUUAGAGCCAUUACUGAACUUAUUCUACAUUUUGGUUAACUUUGACCAUGGUAAUGUAUUUUUUCCAUGACGUAUUCGUUACCCACAGAGUAACACAUUACGGAUUUUUGCGUUUGUAAUUCUCUAAAAUUAGUCUUUUAUGUAAAAAUAUAAAAAAUAGAGUGAGGAUGACAUAAUUUCCGGCUCUAAAAUGUUCGUACAAUACUGUGUAGAAAAAGGAGGCGAACUUUGACGAACAAGUCGCGAACUUUCGACUUGGUAAAAUAUAGUAAAAUAUUACUCUAACUUCAUUUUUCAGAUAAUGAGGAAAAGUACAUAGAUCAGGCGAAUUUCAACAAAGCACCUCUUAGCAGCAGAGGAAUGUAAGUAUAAUGUAGUUUUCCUGAAGUUCACAGCCGGUAGACAUAAACUGUUGCCACGCAUGCGUACCAUUGAUUUACUGAAUUCCAUACAUCAAAGUUUCUAACAUUUUCUUGUCAAAUACGGGUUUCCAUGAAAACUCUAAACGUUUUAAAGCUAUAAACAUUCAAAACCAGGGGUAUUUUUUCGGUACACCCCUACUUUUCGACAGUGUUGGGCGCGGUAGCUGAUUUACAGCCACUCUUGCAUCGUCAUGGUCAUCGAUACAGAUAUCUUGAUAGCUCGGGAGAAAAAAUUAAAAACAAAAUACUUUGCCGUAAGUGCGGUCUUCACGGAUGAAUUUGACGUCGAUUAAAAGUUAAACUCUUUCCUUUUUUUCCUCAGAAACAGCAUAAACGAAGAAAAAGAACCUGCACAACAUACAAGUGACGGGCACGAGGAAACAAGACUACAAAACAAUGAUCCUCAAAAUAGCGUAUCAGCGAAAACGUCCGAGGAUAAUGAUAAAGAAGAAGGACAUUACGAAGAACUUGUCUGCUUAGUACGACAAUUUUAUGUCGAAAGACCGAUCAAUCCCUCUGCCAUCGCCUACCAAAAUAUCGAGACAUGCUAGCCCUGCUUAGGGGCACACAUAAGUUAAUUUAUACACCAGGGGAAGAAUCCCGUAUGUAAGUGACGGGAAUGCAUGCUCGUAGCAUAACGAGCCGCACCGUCUUAGCAACCAAAAAAAAUUUGUUUAUCAAGCUGAGAUAGGGGACUAAAAGUCCCCUAUCUCAGCUGGAUACUCAGAAGCUUGUAACAUUCACUAUUCCAUUUAUCUCUGAUCAUAUUUCGCAUCUAAUACGAUAGAGGCGUCAAUUUUCGCGCCAUCAUGUCAUCAUUCUAGGGCGAGAAAUUUAAUUAAAGCGCGGCAUUCAACAAAUGUACGGCUCAAGUUUCGGCUAAAAUUAUUCAGUGCCGUCAAAGAAAAAAACAUAUUAUUAAGGUCUGCGUAUAAAGUCGAUCACAUUGCUAACACAGACAAAAACGCUUAAAUAUCUCCUACAAAAUGAACGGCUGAGUUUGUUUUUUCUACGGGUCAAACUGCUACUAUAUAUCCCAGAAGCGCUCAGGCAUAAUAAUAUGCCAGGACUUCUACCUGGAUGAACCAGAAAGGAUAUAGAACAACUACCUAUUUUUUUUCCUUUUACGGCUACGGGUCGAAAUGCUAAACGUGUUAUAUAUCCUAGAAGCGCUCAGGCAUAAUAAUAUCCCAGGACUUCUACCUGGAUGAACCAGAAAGGAUAUAGAACAACUGCCUAAUUUUUUUUUACGUUUAUCGGGUUGAAAUGCCAAACGUGUUAUAUAUCCUAGAAGCGCUCAGGCAUAAUAAUAACAUGCCAGGACUUCUACCUGGAUGAACCAGAAAGGAUAUAAAACAACUGCCUAAAUUUUUUUUUACGGCUACGGGUUGAAAUGCUAAACGUGUUAUAUAUCCUAGAAGCGCUCAGGCAUAAUGAUAUCAUGCCAGGACUUCUACCUGGGUGAACCAGAAAGGAUAUAGAACAACUACCUAAUUGUUUUUUGCGGCUACGGGUUGAAAUGCUAAACGUGUUAUAUAUCCUAGAAGCGCUCAGGCAUAAUAAUAUGCCAGGACUUCUACCUGGAUGAACCAGAAAGGAUAUAGAACAACUGCCUAAAUUUUUUUUUACGGCUACGGGUUGAAAUGCUAAACGUGUUAUAUAUCCUAGAAGCGCUCAGGCAUAAUGAUAUCAUGCCAGGACUUCUACCUGGGUGAACCAGAAAGGAUAUAGAACAACUGCCUAAAUUUUUUUUACGGCUACGGGUCGAAAUGCUAAACGUGUUAUAUAUCCUAGAAGCGCUCAGGCAUAAUGAUAUCAUGCCAGGACUUCUACCUGGAUGAACCAGAAAGGAUAUAGAACAACUACCUAAUUGUUUUUUACGGCUACGGGUUGAAAUGCUAAACGUGUUAUAUAUCCUAGAAGCGCUCAGGCAUAAUAAUAUCCCAGGACUUCUACCUGGAUGAACCAGAAAGGAUAUAGAACAACUGCCUAAUUUUUUUUUACGUUUAUCGGGUUGAAAUGCUAAACGUGUAAUAUAUCCUAGAAGCGCUCAGGCAUAAUAAUAACAUGCCAGGACUUCUACCUGGAUGAACCAGAAAGGAUAUAAAACAACUGCCUAAAUUUUUUUUUACGGCUACGGGUUGAAAUGCUAAACGUGUUAUAUAUCCUAGAAGCGCUCAGGCAUAAUGAUAUCAUGCCAGGACUUCUACCUGGAUGAACCAGAAAGGAUAUAGAACAACUGCCUAAUUGUUUUUUACGGCUACGGGUUGAAAUGCUAAACGUGUUAUAUAUCCUAGAAGCGCUCAGGCAUAAUAAUAUCCCAGGACUUCUACCUGUAUGAACCAGAAAGGAUAUAGAACAACUGCCUAAAUUUUUUUUACGGCUACGGGUUGAAUUCUAAACGUGUUAUAUAUCCUAGAAGCGCUCAGGCAUAAUGAUAUCAUGCCAGGACUUCUACCUGGAUGAACCAGAAAGGAUAUAGAACAACUGCCUAAAUUUUUUUUUACGGCUACGGGUUGAAAUGCUAAACGUGUUAUAUAUCCUAGAAGCGCUCAGGCAUAAUGAUAUCAUGCCAGGACUUCUACCUGGGUGAACCAGAAAGGAUAUAGAACAACUACCUAAUUGUUUUUUACGGCUACGGGUUGAAAUGCUAAACGUGUUAUAUAUCGUAGAAGCGCUCAGGCAUAAUAAUAUCCCAGGACUUCCACCUGGAUGAACCAGAAAGGAUAUAGAACAACUGCCUUUUUUUCUACUCGUCGAAGUUCUAAACGUGUUAUUCUUAGAAGCGCUCAGGCUUAAUAAUAUGCCAGGUUUCCAGCGACUGAUUUUAGCUGAUUUUGCGGUGCGCAAGAAUGGAUGAUUUACCCGACUUGUAAACAGAUAUUUCCUUCAGCCGAUUGUGUCUCAUGCAGGAGAAUGUCAUGUCUGCGUUGUUUUGUUUCUACUGAAGUUUUAUCAAAGAAAGCUUAAGCGAAAAUAGGGAGAUCGCAAUUUAUACUCUUACGAACUAUAAAUUAGGGCUGACCUGGAAGACGCGUUGAAUUGUGCCGCCAUCCUUCAAAAUAUAACCUGGCUGCGAGGAACAACCCGCGUUUAGGGAGACAAUUUCCUCUUCCAUCCAGAUGUACUUGGUAUAUGUGUUUGCGCGAAUCUUCAGACAAAGAAUUGGGUAUACACUGAUUCGAAUGGCUUGGCGAUACUAAGUGCUUAAGUCUACUUACCGAUUACAACAUGUUUUGGAAGUAUUGAGAAGCGCGCAAAACGAAGUUGUCACAGCGUUCUCGAGCGAACACGGCGCGACCUGGAUUGAUAAAAAUUACCAUUACAUGCAGGUAUCAUGCCAGUGAUAUCUCCUUUCGUCGCAUAGUGAAUAGUUUGUGAGCACAUCCUCGACUCUCGAAACAUUUGUCUUGCGCCGCUAUAGAGGUUGCUUCUCCCGCGAACCAUAGGUAGAUUUCCCGCUUAACAUAAUGUUUGAUAAUUUAUGCAAAAGUUGACCUCGUGGAAGUCAGCAGUGCAUUAAUCGACUCAAAAAUAAACAGACUUCCUACAGGGUUUUGAACACGGUUUUAAUUAAAGUACUUUACGAGCGCUGCGGUAGUUGACCGCAAAAGUGUUACGGUGAUGGAUACUCAACGGGAUGAUUACGUCACUUCAUAGCAACCAGACGGUACGAAUUUUUUAACUUCCGGAGCUCUGAGGCUCGUAGUGUUGACCCUCAAAAAAAAAAAAAAAAAAAAAAAAAAAAAAAAAAAAUAGCCUUUAUUUAAAGAGGGUAGCACUUAAUAGCCAAAGGCUAAUAAACUUGUGGCCCUCAUUUUAACGUCUCCUAAUGGAGACGGGACCGCCAUUUUACGUGGUCAUCCAAGCCACGCGAAGGUCCAGCCGCCCGCAGGGCAAAGGAAGUACCUUCAUUUCUUAGUUAUUUUAAGACCCUAAGUAUUGGUCCGGCCCCGGGAAUCGAACCCGCGACCUCCCGCUCUGCAGUCAAGCGCUCUACCGACUGAGCUAAUCCUGCCGCGGUUACAACCGUCAACCGUCUAUACCCCAAUACAAAUUCAAAUACAAAUUCUCCAGUGACUGAUCUUCAGGCCAUUGUCUAAAGAAUUAGAAGUUUAAAGAGUUAGAUAAAAGAUCAAAACAUUUUCUCUUAGAUGAGUCAUAACUCUCUUAACCAAUUCUCUUCACAAUUU